AGCUUGACAGAAUGCGAAUGUUUCGUGAUCAUCGAGCCGAGCUUACGUUCGGGAACCCCGGCUGUAUACAGUACAGAGGUAGCACCAAUGCAUACGCACAAACCAGCAAAGCAGAAAGUACCUACAAAAAACUCUGACGGGAAGCAACACGACGAUUACGAAUGAUUGCUGGUGUUUUGCUGUACGACGUAUCAGGAAGAUAAUACUGUGAAGUUUUCAUCCAUUGAAUAUAUUAGUUGUAAGCGUCAAGCUAAGUACGAGGCUCAAAACCUUUGAAGAGAUAUUGGCCUACUAUUCAUGGGAAACUUUGAAACGUAUUAAAUUUGGGAUUGAUCGUUGCUGUACGAUCGUAAGUGCCUAAAUUUCAAUUAGUAGUGGCUGGCUGUGUGGAAUCGAAAUUCAAAGUUCUGGAAAGUCCGCCGGGAAAGUGAAAAAUAUCCUUUGAUUUGCAGCAACGUAGACGACAGAAAACUUUCCAAAAAGAACUGGGGAAAGUAUGUAUGUUGGCUGGCUGAACGAGUGAGCUGUGCUGCGUAACAUAGGUAAACGUGAAAGAGAGUACCUCGACCCACUGCGAGGGAGCGAGCGAGAGAGCGAUACUUGCAGUAAACUAUACAAGAAAAGUUAAAGCUAUCCCCGAUCGCAUGGUAUUGGAUGAGGUUACUGAGCCGGACAAACUAUGGAAGAUUUGGAAACACAAAACGAUUCAGAAGAUCACCCUCGUGUGAUCAUACAUGUGGACAUGGACUACUUUUACGCUCAGGUUGAAGAGAUAUUGAACCCAAGUCUCAAAGAUAAACCGGUGGGAGUCAAGCAGCGCUUCAAUGUGGUCACUUCCAACUACAUCGCAAGGGAGUACGGUGUAAAAAAAAUGAUGCUGAUCAAUGAAGCCACGAAGCUGUGUCCGGAUUUGGUGCUCGUCAACGGGGAAGACCUGACCAAAUACAAGCAAAUGUCGGCAAAGAUCAAUGAAAUAAUGCACAAAUUCACGCCAAACGUGGAAAAAUUGGGAUUGGAUGAAAAUUAUCUGGACGUAACAAAAGAGAUAAACGAUCAGUUGGAGCAGAGUGUCAGUUUAGAACAGUUGCAGAAUGUUGAAGGGUUCAUACACCCACCCGUGGAGGAUCCAAAUUUGACUGAUCGAGAAGUGUUUCGCAGGGCGUGUGGAUGUGGGUGUGACAGAAGGUUAAUACUUGCCACUCAUAUGGCAAAGCAGAUAAGAGAUCGUAUAUUUUGCGAAUUAGGUAUGAAGUGCUGCGCGGGAAUAGCACAUAAUAAGUUGUUGGCGAAGUUGGUGGGUAGCAUCCAUAAGCAGAACAAACAGACAGUGCUGCUUCCGAAUUGUGCUGCAAGUUUCGUGAGAUCACUAGGAUCGGUUAAAAGUUUGACCGGUAUCGGCGAAAAGACUGCUCAAAUAUUGGAGGAGUGUGACGUAAGAACUGUUCGUGAAUUGCAAGAAGUUCCGCUCCACCAACUUUCGAAGCGCCUGGGACUUGAACAGUCUAGUAAGCUGAAGGAAAUGUCUUUCGGAAAAGACGAUACGCCUGUAAAGCAAACAGGAAAACCAAAAUCAGUUGGUUUAGAAGAUUCGUGUCCAGCGAUUUCCAUUCGUGCAGAUGCUGAGGACAAAUUUCGACAUUUGUUGGUACGAUUAGUGAAGAAUAUCGCCGAUGAUGGUCGCAUUCCCAUAGCUAUUAAGGUGACUGUUCGGAAACAUGAUUCGGUGAAGAAAACCAGUCAUCGCGAAUGUAAGCAGGACAAAAUAUUGCCAUCCUAUUUUCGGCACAAAGAUGGUAAGCUGGUGUUGGCUGACGGUGCUCAGGAUAAAAUUUUAGCCGUUGUGAUGAAGGUGUUCGAACGCAUGGUUGAUUUACGACAACCGUUCAACAUAACAUUGUUAGGUCUUUCUUUUUUCAAAUUCCAAGAGCGUAAGGCCGGCUCGAAAUCGAUAGCGAAUUUUCUCAUUAAAAAGUCAGACAUUGAGGUACAAUCCAUUACGAACCUUAGCAAUGAAUCGCUUACAUUAAGUGACAGCUUCACAUCGAAUCGGUCCUUUCCCAUCGCAAUGGAUUGCGAUCCUGCAUCGAGCACGUGUCUCUCAGAUACCGCCUCAGUAGCAUCAUUAUCUGGAUCAGAAUCCGAUGCCGAACCAUCGCCUAAAAAGUGCCGCCGUUUGGCAUCCUUUCUCGCUAGAAAGAACAGCAGCCUAUUACCAUCCAACGAAGAUGACUCCUCGUCCCCAAGUAAGCUACGUGUGGCUGACCUUCGGCUCAACUCGAAGGAAUAUGAUCAAGAGCCUUCAAGCAGUGGUACAAGUUCAACAAACAUUCCAUCCGGUUUAAAAACUACAGGGUUUUUCAAAAAUCAUCUUUCGACGUCUACUCCAGCAAAACCAUCCUCACUUGCAGAUUCGCCAUUGUCAGCGAUGGGAACUUCCAGUAGCAGCAGCGCCAUUAAGACGACUAACGAAAGCGCGCUACCAUCCAACGUCGAUCCGGAUGUGUUCCAUGCGUUGCCGGUAGAGGUUCAAAAGGAGCUACUGGAAAACUGGCGAAUAUCUAAUCCCGCAUCAUCAUCGUCAAGCACAUCGAUAUCCAGCGGCAGCUCUAGCUCUAGCUCGAAAAACACACUUCACCGAUACUUUGUUAAGAACGCAUAGCGAAGCUCUCUCACGGAAGGAGAUUAACAGUUUAUGAGUGAUUAUUUAUUAGAGCGGUAUACAAACUUUACUUUUCUCUGUUGCUACAAAUAAUUAUGUUUAAUCGUUUUGGCUGUAAAUAUUCCGAUCUUUUCUGUUUAUCGUUUAAAGAAGAUGCUAAAUAAAGCGUCAUAGAAGCAUCAUUUUCUACAUUAUCAGAAAGACAUUCGAAGGAAACAUCAAUUGUUAUAUAAAUGCUAUAAAAUCUUACAUAUUUUACUAACGUGAUGGAAAGAAUAAUUCAAAUAAAGAUACAUUUUUGUCCGAGCGAAGAUGGACAACGUUGAUAAA